UCAUACGUAAUUAAUUAAAGAGUAUUAUAUUUAUUUAAUAAAAAUGGCAAAUGGCAACGUUUCACAAAACAAUAAUUAUAAUUUUAAAGUAGUUUUACUGGGCGAAGGCUGUGUUGGAAAGACUUCUUUAGUUUUGCGUUAUGUUGAAGACAAAUUUAAUGAAAGACAUUUAUCCACAUUACAAGCUUCAUUUUUAAACAAAAAACUUAAAUUAGAUGAUAAACAAAUUAAUUUGGCCAUAUGGGAUACAGCAGGCCAAGAAAGGUUUCACGCUUUGGGACCAAUUUAUUACCGGGCUUCAAACGGGGCACUUUUGGUUUACGAUAUCACUGAUGAGGAUUCUUUCCAAAAGGUGAAAAAUUGGGUUAAAGAGCUCAAAAAAAUGUUGGGCUCAGAAAUCGUAUUGAUGAUUGUAGGAAACAAAUUGGAUUUGGAGCAAGAUAGAAAUGUCAGUGUAGAAGAAGCAGAAAGUUAUGCAGCUCAAGUAGGCGCUAAGCAUUUUCAAACGUCUGCAAAAUUGAAUGAGGGAAUCGAAGAAUUGUUUUCAUCACUAACUCGAGAGAUGUUAAAUCAUGCAACCCAGUUACAAGAAAAGCAGGCCUCAUCGUUGGCCAGAACGAGUUCAACAAGACGAACAAAUGUGGUCAUCGUAGACGAUGAAGUCCCUCAACAAAAAUCCUGUUGUGGAACAACGUAGUAGACCCACUCCUCUGACCACUCUAUCAGUUAAAUAAAUAAUAUCAAAAGUAUUAAAGGUUGCAAAUAAACGACUAAACCGAGAGAGAGCUUGGAUAUAUAACAUACAUAAUAAUAGAUAGUCGGUGAAAAAAAUAAUAAUAUUUUUUUAACUUGUUUUAACCCCGUAGUCGAUUUUAAUGGAAAUUUAUUAGGUUUUUAAGAUGUUUUAAUUAAUUUCUAGUUUCUAGACUGCUUUGAUAUGUGAUUUUUGCUCAUUGUUGUAAAUAUAAUCGAUUGAUAAUUUUAACACAA